GCGUAUUUAACCAGUCAUACUAGUUUGCCAGCAUAGUGUUCAAGGUUGUACAGCCUAGUCACAACACUACAGGGGCAGGAAGGACGUUUUCCUGUCACCUCACUUCACAGGAACCCUUAAGCCUGAUGGCAGCAACUUCUUUCUCUGAAGAGGACUUACUUUGUCCUCUUUGCUCUGAGAUUUAUUACCUUCCUGUUCUACUAAAAUGUGGCCACAAUAUUUGCAAAGUUUGUUUACAGAAGUUCUGGGAAUGGAAAGGAUGUCGAGAAUGCCCUGUGUGUCGCACUGUGUCUGUCCCUGGGAGGCCUCCUAUUAAUUUGCUACUAAAGAUAGCUGUGGACGAAUAUCAAGUGCAAAAGACAAGCAGGAAUCAACAAGUUUGCCUGCUUCACAAUGAGAAGCUGAAGCUUUUUUGUCAGAAUGACGAAGUGCUUAUCUGUCUCGUCUGCCAAUCGUCAAAACAGCAUAAAGUUCACGAGUGCUGUCCAGUGGAGGAGGGGGCCCAACAGAAAAAGACAGAAAUUUCAGCCAUGCUGGAGUCUUUGAGGGAAAAGCUCAGAAUACUUAACAAGACCAAGGCGCACUGGGAGGAAACCAAAAACUAUAUACAGAGCCAAGCUUAUCAAGUUGAGGAAGCGAUUAAGGAGGAGUUUGAGAAGCUACGCCAGUUUCUUCAGGAGCAGGAAAACAGUAGACUAAAGGUGCUUAAACAGGAAGAGGAAAUUAAAACCCAGGUGAUGUAUGAGAAGCUGGAAAACAUCAAGGGCCAGAUCAAAACCCUUUCUUCCACCAUCAGUGAUAUUGAGGAAGCCCUCAGAGCAAAGGACUUACCAUUUCUACAGGACUACAAGCAGACAAAAAAGAGGGCCAAAUGCAACAUUCAAGAGCCAGAGUGUAUCAGAGAUAUCCUGAUCAACUCAGCAAAGCAUCUGGGAUUACUGAGGUUUGGAAUUUGGAAGAAGAUGGCCAACAUCGUCACAUGUGUUCCCAUCACCCUGGAUCCAAACACUGCCCAGUCCAACUUAAAGUUCUCUGGAGAGUUGACCUGUGUACAAUACAGCAGUAAGCAGCUCCUACCUGACAACCCCGAACGCUGCACCAGCCGCAUGUGUGUGCUGGGAGCGACCGGCUUCACAUCCGGGAAGCACAGCUGGACCGUGGAGGUGGGCCAGGGCAAAGACUGGUACAUCGGAGUGGCACAAGAGUCCAUCAAGAGGAAGAGUAGCGUCUUCCUAAACCCAAGCGAGGGUUUCUGGGUCAUCGGCCUGUGCAAUAGAGACUCAUUCUGGGCCCAGACCUCGCCUCCCACCAAGCUCGUGUUGAAGCAGAAGCCUGAGAAGAUUACUGUACAGCUGGACUAUGACAAAGGAAAGGUCGUUUUCAUCAACGCUGCUGAUUUGACAACAAUACACGCAUUCAAAGACAGAUUUACAGAGAGGAUUUUCCCCUACUUCUCCCCUGGAUUGUAUGCAGUGGGGGAAAUGUCCAUCCCACUGACAAUCUGUCCUCUGACAGUAACAGUGUUUAUAGGGUAGAGUGACAUACAGGAAAACACAUGGCACUAGAGUUGAAGAAGACUUUGUUGAGUGUGUGUUACAG